AGCGAUCAGUUCAGUUUUGUGCGUUGAUUGGAUAUCAAGUGUUUGUGUUCCAAUAUUUUGCCGGUGUCUUGUAUCUUAUUUUAUUGAAGGAUUAAGUUGAAGAGCUUUUCAGUUUCUUUGUACUUUCUUAAAAGAAAUUAGCGAACAGUGUCAAGAGCAUAACGUAUCAACGUUUAUUGAAAAAUAAUUCACUUUUUCGUUACUGGAAAAUAGUCCGAAAAAUCUCGAAAAAUGAGGGAAAUCGUACACUUGCAGGCCGGCCAAUGUGGCAACCAAAUUGGUGCUAAGUUCUGGGAGAUUAUUUCGGAGGAACAUGGCAUAGACAGCAAUGGUAUUUACAAUGGCGACAGCGAUCUCCAGUUGGAACGUGUCAGUGUUUACUACAACGAAGCAUCAGCUGUUACUCGUUCUUCAGGUGGCAAAUAUGUACCACGAGCCAUUUUACUGGAUUUGGAACCAGGCACUAUGGAAGCCGUACGUUCUGGUCCUUAUGGUCAACUUUUCCGUCCCGAUAACUUCGUGUUCGGACAAUCUGGUGCUGGCAAUAAUUGGGCUAAAGGACAUUAUACUGAAGGAGCGGAAUUGGUUGACAACGUAUUGGAUGUAGUGCGUAAAGAAUGCGAGAAUUGCGAUUGCUUACAGGGCUUUCAAUUGACGCACUCACUUGGUGGCGGCACUGGUUCUGGUAUGGGUACUUUAUUAAUAUCUAAAAUACGCGAGGAAUAUCCGGAUCGUAUUAUGAACACUUAUUCGGUGGUACCAUCACCUAAAGUAUCCGACACAGUUGUCGAGCCAUACAAUGCCACCUUGUCCAUCCACCAAUUGGUCGAAAACACCGACGAAACAUAUUGCAUCGAUAAUGAAGCUUUAUAUGAUAUCUGCUUCCGAACUCUAAAAGUUUCAAACCCAAGCUACGGCGAUUUAAAUCAUCUCGUCUCAUUGACUAUGUCCGGAGUCACAACUUGCUUGCGUUUCCCUGGACAGUUGAAUGCAGAUUUACGCAAAUUAGCUGUCAAUAUGGUGCCUUUCCCACGCUUACAUUUCUUCAUGCCUGGCUUUGCACCGCUCACCUCCAGAGGCUCACAGCAGUACCGCGCCCUCACGGUGCCUGAAUUGACUCAGCAAAUGUUCGAUGCCAAGAAUAUGAUGGCUGCUUGCGAUCCACGUCAUGGACGUUACUUAACCGUUGCUGCAGUGUUCCGUGGACGCAUGUCCAUGAAGGAGGUGGAUGAGCAAAUGCUGGCAGUACAAAAUAAGAAUAGCUCUUACUUCGUAGAAUGGAUUCCAAAUAACGUGAAGACUGCAGUGUGCGAUAUACCACCGAAAGGUCUCAAGAUGUCUUCUACUUUCAUUGGCAACACAACUGCCAUUCAAGAACUCUUUAAGCGAAUUUCUGAACAGUUCUCCGCUAUGUUUAGACGCAAAGCUUUCUUGCAUUGGUAUACAGGAGAGGGUAUGGACGAAAUGGAAUUUACAGAAGCCGAAAGCAAUAUGAAUGAUUUAGUAUCUGAAUAUCAGCAAUAUCAAGAAGCUACUGCCGAUGAUGAUUUCGAUCCUGAAGCGCACCAGGAGGAGGUCGAGGGCGAUUGUAUUUAAUGUUAGAGCCAGAGGAAUGAGAAGCGUGCGUGGGGAAGAGGGGCGGUAUGAACGUUUAUGGAUGCGCGGUAUGCACAUAAAUUUUAGGGCAAGAUACGGAAACUGUGGCAUACUCUAAGAAGCAGUAUUAGUCUCAGCAAUACGCCGCCCACCUCUUUUCAAUACAACAAGAACAACAAAAUUAAACACCCACACAUACGACUACACUUACACACAUUUAUACAUACGCAAAAAUUGAUAGCAAAAGUAAAAACAAUGAACUUAGUUUUAAAAUCUCGCAAGCGAAAAUGUUCCAUUUUCAUAAAAUUCUAUAAUUUAUUAGAACGUUUUGGUAUUAGAACACUAAACACACUUAAUUUAAGCACGUAUUUCGCAUUUCUCUGUCUAUUUCACACUAUCUUCUAUCUCUUUCGGUUCGGCUCUUUCAGCUCGAAUACAUCUUUCAUGAAUUUACAUUUCAGCGCACUCAUUUUCACAGACAGACGCUCGCUACAGUCACCAUAAAAUCCUCAGACACAAACUCAUGUCCUUUCAUCUCAUCGCAAUCCCUAUUUCAUGUUUUAGCAACUUAAGUAUUAAUUGUUUACUGAGGGUCCCAGUUUUAAAUAACGAAUUCUUUCAUUUUUACAUUUUUUGAGCAAAUUCCUCCGAGAAGCGUUUCCAAAAAGACUGACAAAAAUAAACUGUAACUACCAAGAAAAUAAGAAAUGCUUCUUCUUCCGAAAUAAUUUUAAGUAUCAAGCGAUAACGUUGGCAAGGACAACACAAAGGAGGUUGCGAAAUUCGGUACUGAGUUUUGGAUUAUUUAUUAGAGAAUUUCCAAUACAUAUACAGUUCAUUGCAGAAAGUAGUUGUGAAUGAUUCACAAUAAGUUACUUCCUUUGGCGAUUUUACAGAAUUCACAAUAGAUUUCAAACAUAGAAAGAAAGUUUUUAACUCACAAAAGGAUAAUUCUUUCAAUUGCUAUCCUUGAAGACGAAGUGAAGCAACCAACUUGAAAUUAUUUAUACUAAAACUGGGAAAUGACUUAAUAAAAAAAUUGCAAUAAAUUCUUAGAUCCAAAGGUGGUAAAACUUUUUUCUUCUUUAUCGAAAAACUCCUUAAAUUCACUUUUGCAUUAUAAAUCGAUAAUCAUUUUUUUACUAUCGUUUAAUUAUAUUAAUCACUUUAAUUACUUUCUAAGCAAUUUUGUAAUUUAAUUAAUUAAUUUCAAUCAAAAUUUUAUAUUGUUAAUUUAAAUAUAAUAAAAUAUGUAUUAAAA